AUGGACCGGCGAACCCGAGUGACGAAGUCGUCCACCAGCCAGGCGGCGCACCACUCGCCCGUGGCGCCUAGGCGAGAACGGAGGCCUAGCAUGUUCGAGAAGGAGGCAUAUGCACAGAUCUUAAGAGAAAGGCUGAGAGAAUCUUUUCAUGACGUUCAAUAUGUGGAGCCUCCAUUUGACGAUUCGAUUGCGGACAUAGGCAAAGAAUGGAAGAGUGCCCUGGCAAAACUAAAGUUUGCCAACUCAUACAGAAUGGAGCCAUUGAGGAAAUUCCAAGCACAUUCAGUGGAAACUAAAAUCCAGCAGAUGCUAAAGAUUGCCAGCAGAUGGAUCUGGGACGUGACAUGGGAUAGCUGGGUGCAAGCUAAACACGAAACGGAGUCUUACGUGGCAUUGGUUUUGGUAUUUGCUCUUUAUUGUGAAUAGCAGGACUAAAGCAGUUUCACACACAUCCUUUCCCAAAAUAAAUGACAUGCACAGAUC